CUGAGAGCGACUGGCGACGGUAAGAUUGAAGUUUUGACAAACGAGGCCGAAGGCAUGGAAUUCAGGCUAACCGACGGUGUUGAUAUUACGGUUAAGGGAAUGAUCUAUUUUACGGAUGCAUCAAGCAAACACAACCUACACGAAGGCAUACAGGGCUUGAUGGAGGGCAGGCCUUACGGUAGAUUCAUGAGCUAUGAUCCCUCAACUAAGCAUACUGAAGUGCUAGUCAGAGAUCUCUACUAUCCUAAUGGAGUUGCGGUCUCACCAGAUCAACAGUUUGUAGUGUUUUGUGAAACCAUAAUGAGGAGGUGUAAAAGGUACUAUACACAAGGCGAAAAGAAAGGCUCCGUUGAUAUUUUCAUCGAUAAUUUGCCUGAAAUUCCUGACAACAUACGGUGGUACAAUGGAGAAGGCCAAUACUGGAUUGCUUUAGCUUGGGUAAUCAAAUUUAUCCAUUCAUUCAAUUCUACGCAUGAUGAAUUCACACAGAAAUUCUUUGAGUUAAAUUUGGGAUGCAAGCGGAUAAGUAAGAUCCUUACUCAUGGUAAAUCGUCGCGCUUGUCCAAUUUUUUGCAGGGAACUACGUUUUCUUUUGAUCUAGCACAGAGAUACCCUUUUAUCAGAAAGGUUAUGGCAAUCAUGGAGAAAUACACAGGGAAACCCCAUUUCCAGAAAUACUCCGGAGUCUUGGCUGUUGAUUUGGAAGGACAGCCGCAUGCACAUUAUUAUGACCCUGCAUUGUCACUGAUUACCGGUGGGAUAAAGAUGGUUUGGGAUUGUGGUGGAGAGUCUGACAGUGGUGGAGGUGGUGAAGUCGGUGAAGUUUAUGGUGACUUGAAGUUUGGGAUUGUGGUGGAAAGUUUGAUAGUGGUGGAGGUGGUGAAGUCAGUGAAGUUUAUGGUGACUUGA